CUUUAUGAAACUUUUACGGGGCGCGAGCAGCAGCAGUUUGUGUUGUGAGAAGUCUCCCAGCUGGGACACCUCUCCACGGACAGGCGCUGGAAACUGAGGAGAUGAAUGCUGAUGUUGCGUUCUUCACAUCUGUUCACCCGUGGAUUAAAAUACCCAACGCCGCCCGCCUGAACCUCCCGGACUCCGACGCCUCUGCAUGGAUCUCCCCUCCAGCCCUCGUGGCUCCAAACUGCUCCCGUCCCCCCUGUGAGAGAAUGUUUCCCAGGGAGCCCGACCCCUCCCCGGGCCCGCAGCACCCGGAGGCCCAGCUGGACCUGUUCCACAAGCUCGGGUACUCCACGGCUCAGGUUCUGGCCGUGCAGCACAUGUUUGGCCCCAACACGGACACGGACAAGCUCCUCGGGGAGCUGGUGAGGAUCGGGGCCAGCCGGGAGGCCGGCCGGGGGCCCGAGCAGGGGCCCCCCGUGACCACGAUGUCGGUGCUGGUGACCGGAGGGGAGCUCCAGGCCGUGGGCCCCACCAUGCAGCUGCCCCUCACCGUGUGGUCCCCUCCGGGCAGAGAGGAGGGCGGCGUGGACGAGGACGCGCUGAGACCCGUUGUGAUCGACGGGAGCAACGUGGCCAUGAGCCACGGGAACAAGGAAGUGUUCUCCUGCCUGGGAAUCCAGCUGGCGGUGAACUUCUUCGUGGACAGAGGCCACGCCGAAAUCACCGUGUUCGUUCCCUCGUGGAGGAAGGAGCAGCCCCGGCCAGAUGUUCCCAUCACAGAUCAGCACAUUCUGCGAGACCUGGAGAGGAGGAAGAUCCUCGUGUUCACGCCGUCGAGACGCGUCGCGGGAAAACGGGUCGUCUGCAACGACGACUGCUUCAUCGUCAAGCUGGGCUACGAGUCCGACGGCAUCAUCGUGUCCAACGACAUGUACCGGGACCUGCAGGGAGAGAAGCCGGAGUGGAAACGAUUCAUCGAGGAGAGGCUGCUCAUGUACUCUUUCGUCAAUAACAAGUUUAUGCCUCCCGAUGACCCUCUGGGCCGCUACGGGCCCACCCUGGAGAACUUCCUGCGAAGGUUUCCAAAGACUGCGAAGAAACAGCCGUGUCCUUACGGAAAGAAAUGUACUUACGGGAUCAAAUGUAAAUUCCACCACCCCGAAAGAGCCAAGCAGUCCAACCGCCUGGUUGCAGACGAGCUUCGGGAGAACGCCAAGCACCCGUCGCAAUCCUCGGCGCGCUCCGGCCCGUUGCCUGGACAGAGCCUCUCGCUGCUGGAGGACAUGGCAAAGAAACUGACUCUGGGACACGAGAGCGGCAACUUCAAGAAAGACUACAAACACGAACAGUUGAAGGCCGCUCACCAGUCCAGCAAGAGGGCCACGUCCAGAAAGGAGAAGGCCGCCCAAAACCCGUCUUCUGACCACGGCGCGGGGCGGCAGAGCGGCUCUCAGGAGCAGCUGGACUCCGGUCUGGGCUCAAUCGACAGUCAGCCAACGGAGGCCCCUUGGAGUGUGUGUGACCACCAGUAUGGACCGAUGUACGGGAGCUGCCAGCACGCCCUCGGUGCGAGACAACAGUACCGCCCUCCGUGCGGCUGCUGCUCGCACGGCCCUUGCUCUCGGGGGGCCGCGCCGGCUUUCCAGCACCACAACCAGCAUUACAGCCCCGGGCGCGACAUGACUCCCUACCCGCCGCACUACGCCGCGUACUCGGUCGACACGUCCGCAUACAGCCAGCCGGCAGACUUCCAGCGUAGCGGAGUCCACGGCCACCAGCACCACCACCAGCAGCGGCAGUACUGGUCCGAUCCGUCCGGGGCUCGCCCCCCGGGGGUCCGCAGCUCUCGCUGGGAGCCUCCCCGGGGGACGAGCCCCCGCGACGAGGAGAGGGAGGUCGUCCGGAAGAAGCUCCUCGCUAUCUUCAGCGUCCAAUUGGUGGACGAGGCCAUGGACUCGUUUUCUCACCUGAUGGACCCCCAGAUGCUGGUUGCUGAGAUCCUGAAGCUGCAGGGUCAGAACCGGUGAGACGACCGGAACCCCCGUCUUUCAGUGGAAAGACCCAAAUGAUAAACAUGAGUUUUGUGUAUUUUAUGUAUUGUGGUAUCCACCUCGCUCUAUUUGAGCGCCUUAUUUUAAACUGUUACGUUUUAAGUUGCCUCCAUGAACUGGGUCACAUGAGAACAUGUAUGUAGUUGAUACAAAUUGUAAAAUAAAUAAAUUAAUGUAUUCAUGCCUGAAGGGUA